CCCCAGCACCGCUCAGCACUCAACAUUGACCGUUCCUUUCGCUUUUCGUGGGCAACUACAGUAUCUAUCCCACAUCGUUCACAGCCCGUCGAUAUGCAUAUGGAUGUGCAGCAGCGCAUGGAUGGUGAUUGUGCAUGUGGUAUGGGUCUCUGGGUCUGCGCUCCUGUCUGGAUCUCUGGACGAGCUGGACGAAGCAUCGGACGCAUCCGUCACACUUCCCGUAACAGCCCGUAACAGAGAGAUUGCAAGGUCGGUUGAGUAUCAGAAAGACGGUAAGUUGCGCUCGCUUGCUCUCUCACUUGCCAGGAAUCCUCCCGUCUCAGGCGUAUUUACGUAGAAGGGUGGCAUCGGUCUACCCCCUCGGCUUUUCAACCUUGAACUCACAACACCUACACAGCAAUCGCACCUCAACUCCGAGAAAAAGUCAGAG